AUGUCAGCACCACCUCCUCCACCUCCACCUGGCCUGAUCGGCAGGACACAGUAUCACUAUUUCACCAAAGACGGCGGGCCGCCAAAUAAAGGGGCACCUCCAAGCGGGCCUCCAUCGACAGGAGGACCGGGUGUGCUGCCGCCGCCAUAUUCGUUCCUACCUCCGCCCCAGCCGCCAGCACCUUCAGCACCCAGCGGCCCAUUCUUCAUUCCACCGAGUUCCGGGUUUCCUGGUGCGGUAUGCUUCCCCAACGGCGGUCAGGCGCCUCCUGGUCCGCCUCCAUCCGCAGGAGCGAUCUGGAUCCAACCGACACCAGCACCGGUACCGGCACCACCGCCACCUCCUCCUCCGCCAGCUCCACCUGCAGGCGCUCCCGCUCCUCCCCCUCCUCCAACAGGGCCUGCUGACGUGCGAGGUGCUGUGACUCACGCGGCAGCCCAAGCACCCGAGCCUCCUGUCAGUGGGAACCGGGUCAAAGAUCGUCUGUUAGUGGUCAAGGACAGCGGGACGGGGUACGUCGCGUCCAAGCAGAACGCCACGUUCCACCUCUUUACCUACAACGUGCUGGACAAGUACACGGUCAACGCAAACGGCCAGUUCUACAUCCCGCCCCACGCGUGCGAGCCGUUCCGGGUGAUGACGGCGUCCUGUUCUAUGCCGAUUGAAGAACUCAUUGAGCAAUUGGACUGCGUCAACGACGCGCCGGCAGGCUAUCCGCGAUAUGCGAUUGGGAUUGCAGAAACGCUCGACGUGGGAAACGGUUGGUUUCAGAUUGGGACCAAGUUCUUUCUCGACGAGCCACAGUCAUCCAUGACCAUCAAACAGGCCUGGGGCGAGAGUGUUGGCGAGGCUGGCGAGUCUCGACCACGAUAUCUGAUCCGCAUGCCGUAA